GCAGAUCCAGAAGAGAGAGAGGAAAAAAAACAUUCAAACUGCAAUUGAUGUGAGUGAGACUGGAAAAGUGCAUUUUCCGUGUUUUCUCGGGUGUGUAAUGUGAAUUGAGUGUGUCGCGGUGAAAAUGGUGAAUGCCAGCCUAACGUACGAGAUAUUGAUGUAUCUGAAUUCAUUCUAUUUCGGAAUGUUUGGCGCCUGCGAAGUUGGCAUGAGCGUCCUGAAAGCCGUGAAUCUCCCGUAUCCGGAAGGGAGUUUGCUGCGUGACGCCCUACUCCUGGUGUCCCUCCUCAUUGCUGAAUCCAUUCGAAUAUACUUCGGCAGACACGGAAGUCUCAGUGACCACGGUUGGCGUGUCAUAUGCUCAGUUUUCCUCACAUUUCCCAGCGCGGGCGGCGUAGUUUACCUACUGUACUUGCAGACACACAAGCUGGGUCUGGAGUACAUCCUCUGUGCCUUAAUGUUCGCUCUCCAGCUGACCGAGAUCUUCUUCGCCCUCCUGUUCGUCCUGACCAUGUGCCGUCCACCGAACUACAACUGA